GGGGACUGGGACAAACCUGUCACGAAAAAUAAAUAUGGCGUCCGGAGAUCUGUGAUUUGGAGAGAUCAAAGGGGAUUUCUUUUCAUAAUUCUGUCGAUUUUUACCUUUAAAACUCGGAGGUAGUAGGAAGACAAGCAAUUAUGAAUGUGAUUUUGGCAGUCAAGCAGUAUGUUACAAAGAUGAUCGAGGAUAGUGGUCCCGGGAUGAAAGUCCUUCUUAUGGACAAGGAGACGACAGGUAUAGUGAGUAUGGUGUAUACUCAAAGUGAGGUUCUACAGAAAGAGGUUUAUCUGUUUGAGAGGGUUGACACCAGCGGACGAGAAACCAUGAAGCACUUGAAGGCGAUCUGUUUCUUGAGACCAACAAGGGAGAACAUUGAACAUCUUUGCAGUGAACUGAAAAAUCCUAAAUAUGGAGUAUAUUAUUUGUACUUUUCUAACUUCACUGCUAAGCCAAAUAUCAGAGCAAUAGCCGAAGCUGAUGACCAUGAAGUUGUAAGAGAAGUGCAGGAAUUUUACUCUGACUUUUACGCAGUUAGUCCUCAUGUGUUUUCAUUAAACAUUCCAAAUUGUGUGCGGGGUGGAUCAUGGGAUGUAGAUGCCUUAGAGCGUUCAUGCCAGGGAAUCUUGGCUGUGUUGUUAUCACUAAAGAAAUGUCCUCUGAUUAGAUAUCAGCAUUCUUCUGAGAUGGCCAAGAGAUUGGCUGAGAACAUAAGGGUUGGUAUUACUAUCUAUGCUUAUGUUUAUUUGUACAGUAGCCAAGUGACUGACACAUCCACGACAACUCAUCGUAUACCUCUCCUAGAAAACUGUGUACUUGUUCAUGUGGUACUUCAUUCAGAAUAUACAAUGCUUCCUUUCCAUCAGGCGUUCGUGGAGAAUUAUCCCCAAUUCAAGAAGAUGUCAGGAACUGUGUCUAAACAUGUGACCAUUGUGGGCGAGUUGUCUCGUCUGGUGACAGAGAAAUCUCUGCUGGACGUGUCAGAGGUUGAACAAGAUCUCGCUUGUCAGAACGAUCAUUCGUCCGCUUUACAGAACAUUCGUCGUCAACUGGCCAAUGAAAACGUGUCUGAACUGGACAUGAUUAGAAUGGUGUCCCUGUACGCGCUGCGGUACGAAAAACACAGCAGUAAUGACGUGGGUGGCCUGUUAAACAUGCUGACAAGAAGAGGAGUCAGCGAGCAAUAUAAGAAGCUGGUAACUGCACUGAUCCAAUAUGGCGGCAGAAAUGUCAGAAGCAGCGAUCUUUUCGGACAAAACAAAACUCCACUGUCACUAACAAGAAGGUUCUUCAAAGGAUUGAAGGGAGUUGAAAACAUUUACACUCAGCACACCCCACUCCUGUCUGAAACACUGGACAGCCUGGUCAAAGGAAAAUUAAAAGAAACACACUUCCCGUACAUCGGUUCGUCAGUGCUUCGAGACAGGCCUCAAGAAAUUAUUGUGUUUAUGGUUGGAGGCGCAACUUACGAAGAAGCUUAUGCAGUUUAUAACUUAAACAAGACCUUGCCUGGAGUGAAAAUUGUUCUUGGCGGCACUACGAUUCAUAACUGCAAGAGCUUUUUAGAGGAAGUCAUUCACGCCACUGGCCAAGGAGCGGCAUCUAGAGCCCGGGCUUCCUCGGGCGGAGCACAUUACAGAUCGUCUUAUACGUCAUCGUUUUUCUGAUUGUUCAGUUAUAUAUAUAUAACACUUUAGAAUCCUGAUACUUAUUCCAGUAAUCCUAAUGCUAGGAACUUAAAAGGCAAUCACGAGGGCAACGAGAACAUCGUCGCACGAAGGUUUACUGAGCAGUGGCCCGCACGUGCGUUGUACAACGUCAUUUUGGAACAUUUCUUCAAAAGUACCCCGCUGUGCGUGGUGUUUUCAACUCUUUUCUCCAGCGGUGUUUGGAAACGUGGUCAAACACGGUCUUUCUUUCGAGAUAUAUUACUUAGCUGCCUUGUACAACUAAAUUCUGAGUUAAUGAAUUCUGAAUUUUGAAUUCGUCGUCUAAGUUGUCUGCUUCUGUUUCGAAUCGGACGUUGGCUUGGGAAUGACUCUUACUUAAAGGCAAACCGAGUAGUUCUGAAAGAGAAAAUGAUUCUUUUCUUGCCCUCGUCGUUGUCCGGCCUGGAGGUCGCUGUCUUUAAAAUUUCCAACAUUUAAAGUUAAUCACGAGACGUUUAUAGCGAGAUACACAAAUAUAUGAGCCAGUCCUGUUAUGAUAAUCCAUUUAGCUUCGAAGUUAUUAGUGAGAGUAAUUUUUUUUAACAAUUAUGUAAUAAAUAUUAUUGAGUUGUACUUUCAUGGUGAUAUGUUAUAGAACAAGUUUCGAUAAUCCAUUGAACAAUCAGUUGACGUCACACGUUGCUUAGUAACACGACGUACCUUUGAAGCUGCGGGCAGACAGCGGUGAAACGUAAGGCGUAUGCGCAGUACAGCUUUAUAACCCCCCAGCUCCAAAUAUGAAAUGUUUUUGUUACUUUCACGACCUUUUUUGCCCUCAGUGAAAGACUUGUCGCUUAACUGGAAUAAUAAAGCAUCCGAGAAUGAAUACAGGCUCCUACAAGGAUAAGAAAUGAUAAGGAUGAAAAGGUAAAUUCUUCUUACUGGUUGCCAAAAUUUCUUUACCUUUUGUUUAAGAGAAUUUGGUGAUACAUCAAUACAAGACAAUCCUGCUCCGGUUGAGAAUGUUCUUAUUCGCGUGAAAAUUGUCAUGCUCACAUUGUAUUGAUGUUGUAAAAAAUAAAGAACUAUACGUUAA